AUGGCGGAGUUGCACGUUAUCGGCCAGAUUGUCGGGGCAAGUGGUUUCCCAGAGAACAGCCUGUUUUGCAAAUGGGGAGUUCACACAGGAAGAAUAUGGCGGCUGCUUUCCGGGCUGAAGGAGGGUCAGACCCAGGUGGAUGUCCCCCAGAUUGGAGACAUGGCAUUCUGGGGUCACCCGAUCGAUCUGCACUAUGCAACCAAGGGAAUCCAGGGCUGGCCGAUGCUUCACCUCCAGGUGUGGCACCAGGACUCGUUCGGACGUUGCCAGUUGUUCGGGUACGGAUACUGCCACGUCCCGUCCAGCCCCGGACACCACCGGGUCCGCUGUGUGACCUGGAGGCCGCUCGGCUCCUGGCAGGAGCAGCUCGCACAAAUGUUCGUUGGCGGAGGAGCCCAGCUCCGCAGCCCGGAGCUCGUCUACAGCGGAGCGGACAGAUACAGACUGCACACAGAAGCCAUGGGGACUGUGGAACUAGAGCUUGGCAUCAUCAUGAGGCAUUUCGACAAAUAUGGCGUAGAGAGUUAUUGCAGUGACAUGUAA